AUGAUGAACACGAACACGAAAAAAAAAAAACAUCAAUACAAAAGAAAAAAAAAAAAGAAUCUUAGGGAACUACUAUCAACAAACUAUACAGCAGUACUGCUUUCUUCUAAUAUAUUCAAGAUGAAUUCCAUAUACAAUCAUGGUGUUAAACAGACUCAUACAAUAACCAAAGAUUUAGCUGAAUUCGAGAAAAAUUUAUCCACAUCACCAUUAUCAUUACAAGGUGCUAUCACAACAUCAUUGACCGCAUUCAAGAAAACCAUUAAAGAAUAUAAUGAUUUAUUAGAUAAAAACGUCAACGACUCGUCAUAUGCUAAACAUGAAAGUAGAUCAACUAAAUUCAACCAGGAUUUGAAUGAAUUUACUUCCAAAUUUGAUUCCUUAAAGAAACAGCGUGAUAUUCAACUUCAAGAAGCAAAUAAACAAGAAUUAUUAGGGAGAAGACAUCUAGGUGGAGGUGCUACUUCUAAUUCCACUUCUUCUGAUAAUCCAUUUGAUCCUAAUUCACAACAACAAGAGCAAGCAACCAUGUCUUAUAGAGAAGGAUUAUAUCAUGAGAAGAAUUCUCUUGAAAGAGGUUCAGAACAAUUAGAUAGAAUUUUGGAAAUGGGACAACAGGCAUUUGAAGAUAUAGUUGAACAAAAUGAAACAUUAAGAAAAUUACAAACCAAAUUUGAGGAGAGUUUGAUUACAUUGGGAGUAAGUCAAGGUACUAUAAGAAGUGUUGAAAGGAGGGCUAAACAAGAUAAAUGGUUAUUUUGGUUUUGUGUAUUCAUGAUGUUAGUACUUUUCUAUUACAUAGUGAAAUUUUUCAAGUAA